CGACAGUACUGUGGUAUCCUCCGGGCUGCGUGUCACCCCCGUGUUGGCCUGCCCUGCCUGGCAGCACGACCGCAUCACGGCACGGCCUCCCCAAGCUCCCCUUCCCCCCACCUCCUCCCACCCGCGAUCUCCGCGCCGGCAGCUCGGCACAGCUCCACCACCCUCCUCCUCUCCGUCUCCGUGCUCCCUCGCCAAACCCACCCGCCCGGGAUCAAACCAAACCAAUCAUCAUCUGACUAGCCAACGCCGAAGCAGCUCCCUCCGUCCUCCCCAGAUCCGGCGCCGCCUCCGCCAUCACCACCGCACGGCGGACACGUCGCCUCCCCCGCGCGAUCUGAUGCAGGCGCACGCGGUGGCCAGCGGCGAUGCGGUGGAAGCUUAACUCCUCCGUCUACAAGCGCGUGCCGUCCAGGGAAACCGCCAUGGAACCCGACGUCGAGACGCCAAUGAGAAUGACGGACGGCGGCGGCGGAGGCGGAGGCGGUGGUGGCGCUGGGCCAUCGUGGCGCAUGUCCUUGCCGCAUGUCUGCGUCGCCACGCUCACAUCGUUCCUCUUCGGAUACCACUCCGGGGUGGUGAACGAGCCCUUGGAGAGCAUCUCCGCUGACCUUGGCUUCUCUGGCAACACGCUUGCUGAAGGGCUCGUGGUGAGUAUCUGCUUGGGAGGAGCUUUUGUUGGGUGCCUCUUCAGCGGCUCCAUCGCUGAUGGGAUUGGGCGACGCCGUGCGUUCCAGCUCAGUGCACUGCCUAUGAUCAUUGGUGCUGCCAUAAGUGCUCUCACCAAUAGUUUGGAGGGUAUGCUCUUCGGAAGAUUUUUGGUAGGAACAGGGAUGGGAUUGGGUCCACCAGUUGCUUCACUUUAUAUAACGGAGGUUUCUCCUCCUACAGUGAGGGGUACAUAUGGUAGCUUUGUUCAGAUUGCAACCUGCCUUGGAAUUAUAGUAUCACUCCUAAUUGGUACACCUGUCAAAGAUAUCGAUAGAUGGUGGAGAGUGUGUUUCUGGGUUGCCACUAUCCCAGCGACUUUACAAGCUCUUGGUAUGGAGUUUUGUGCUGAGAGCCCCCAGUGGCUCUAUAAGUGUGGAAGAAUAAGUGAAGCAGAGAUGCAAUUUGAAAAGCUCCUAGGCCCCCUUCAUGUAAAAUCUGCCAUGGCAGAACUUUCUAGAUCUGAAAGAGGAGAUGAUGGAGAAAGUGUGAAGUACUCAGAGCUGUUCUAUGGUCGCCACUUUAAUGUUGUUUUUAUUGGCACAACGCUCUUUGCUUUACAACAGUUAUCCGGCAUAAAUUCUGUGUUCUAUUUCUCAUCAACUGUGUUCAGAAGUGUGGGGGUGCCCUCUAACCUUGCCAACAUAUGCAUGGGGAUUUCAAAUCUAUCAGGAUCAAUUGUAGCAAUGCUUCUAAUGGACAAGCUAGGUAGAAAAGUGCUGCUUUCAGGGAGUUUCCUUGGGAUGGCUUUUGCAAUGGGGCUUCAGGCUGUUGGAGCAAACCGUCAGUCUCUUGGUUCUACAAGUGUAUAUCUUUCAGUUGGUGGCAUUCUGUUGUUUGUCUUGUCAUUUUCACUAGGAGCAGGCCCAGUCCCAGGACUUCUUUUGCCUGAGAUUUUCCCCAAUAAAAUCCGAGCUAAGGCUAUGGCUCUCUGCAUGUCUGUACAUUGGAUCGUGAACUUCUUUGUUAGUUUGCUGUUCUUGCGUCUUCUGGAGCAACUUGGUCCACAGCUUCUCUACACAAUAUUUUCGUCAGUCUGCGUGGUAGCCUCAAUAUUUGUGCGGCGCCAUGUGGUAGAAACAAAGGGAAAGACUUUACAAGAGAUAGAAGUUUCACUCCUGCAACCACAAUAAAGGCGGACUGCUCCUCAUUGCAGGUAUAUAUUUGACGUGACUGGAAUCUGGGGCUACACUGUUUGCUGAACACAAACAAGAUGGCCCUGCAGAAGCUGAUUCCUGAAGUCAUCUCUUGUGAACGGAAAUGCCCUACAAAUGGUCUCAGGGAAGUUCCAGAUAUGCGCCUGCGACUGCUAGGGCGUUUCCAUAGAUCAUCAUGUACUGAAGUUAUGCCUGUAUAGCCCGCCCUAGAUAGGAUACGUCCUACUUUUGUUGUCAUCUGUUCUAUCUAUAUACGUCUUAAUAUAUCAGUCAAAAAGGUACUACUGUUUGACCGUUGAUGAGCUCUGUUGAAACGAGGAACUAUCAUUUGUAUUACCUGUACCUCAGUAACAAUACUCGAAUAAUAACAGUAACACUGCACGGAGUCACGGAGAUGACCUUGUUAGACGGAAAA